CGUCAUCAACUGCGACUGUUUUUGUUGCUCAUGCUUGUCAUUAGGGAAGAACAAUGUGCAUGCUGGACGUUUAUCUAACUUAAUAUAUAAUGUAAAAAAAAAACAAAAAACUCCUGUCUUUUCAUUUGGAUUUAACUUUAACGCGUCGAUUUGAUCCCUCGUUUCUUCACUUGAGUUGAACUUGUGAUGAAGUAAACACUAUUUCUCAUAUUUGUUCAACUGUAUGAGAUCCAAAAGCUUUAUAAGAGUCUUUCAUUACUAGUUCAGCCUGUAAUGUUACAGAGAGUACGAUACGUCUUUAUCUACAAUGAGAUCAUUAAGGAUUUGCCACUGAAUAAAGAAAUGACUCCUAUUGCCACUUCAUCUUCUCCAUUUUGUGUCUCUUGCUGGUGAUCAUUUUGCUACACACAUGAACAUGGAUGCACACCAUUUAAACCUGCCGGCUGUGUUUACGGAUUUACGGUCUGGAGUCCUGCCUGCUUUGAGCACUGAGGAACUUGCAAGACAGAUUUCAUCAGCCAUGAAGCGUUCUUUACACGUUUUACUACAAUCUCCACAGAAUAUGACAAAUGAAGACACAGAGAUGACUUGCAUGUUCCUUACACUGACUGACAAUAUCAUCUCCAAGCUGUCUUCAGUAAAUCUUCCACGAACUGUCAGAGAGUAUUGUGAUGACGUCACAAAGAGACUCUUUGGGGCCUUUAAUAUGACAGCUGACCUUGUGUGUCUAAUGAACAUCCAGGACAGGAUGCUGGCUCAUUUAGCUGCCAAAUGCAUUGUUUCUUUUAUCAUAUAUGAUAUUGAAUAUAAUAUUAGUAGCAACUCUGUUUGGAAGAUCUCCUUCAGAGAAACAUUUCAGAGUUUGGAUUCAAGCUGCGCCUUGGACACACACCUGUGGGCACUGACACAAGUGAUUAAGAAGAUACUGAAGUUAGACUGUGUCAACAAACGAGAAAUUCUGAUGAAACUUCUUGCUGAUUUUGAGUCAUCCCUCACUUCCUUAUAUCCAAAGCUGCUCUUACAAGACAAUCCUGAAAUCACAUAUGUGGCAGAAAAUAACAGAAACUCUGUGGAUUUAGAAAUCAGUGUAUGUGCACUGCUGGAUCUUGUCGAAGUUCUCAAUGCUGCAAGGAUAUGGCAUGGCCUCUGCUCUUCUGUUCAGAGACUGGUGUUUCUCCAGACUCCAGCUCUCCUCCAUCUGACGCUGACCAACAUGAAGGAGUUUGUAAAGAAGCGAGCGCUGCUUUUGCUGAAGCGGAUUCUCGUUAAGAGCGCAGGGGAGGAAUGGGGUUUUGGGGAAAAUUAUUCAAAAGAGCUUGAUGAGGAAUAUGCCACUGAUUUGCUGGUGAUGGCUGAUGCCGUGCUUCGGGAAGUAGAAGCUGGUUGGCUCCGGAAGUUCCGUGUCAACUCUCGGGCGAGUUUCUUCGGUGGGAGCAAGAGUAAUGCUUCGGAUGGAGAGAUUAAAGAUGCUGUGAUGCUCAGGGCUGUAAGCCUGAUUAUGAUCAAGUGUCUGGAGAUUAAAACUCGGCAUGUUUCUGCACAAGGAGCCGAACUUGCCCUUGAUGUUCAGCCUUUUCUAAUGGAACUGCUGGUUUUUCUCCAGCAGCAGGUGCUUCAGGUCAAAGCAGUCAAACAUCCCUGCUCUUGGAUCUUGGUAGUGUUUGCGGAUCAGGAUGACGACCUGAUAGAAUCAGCCAAGGUUUUAAUGACCUUGUAUUUACAUCAGGAAAGUUUGAGUUCCUCAGAACCGGCAGCAUGUGAGUGGGGAUGUAACCCUCAUUGUCACUUUACUCUCCUACUCCGAAGUCUCUCUUUCGACCACACCGUCCUCCUGGACUUCCUUAUUUCUAAUGAAACCUGCUUCUUGGAGUACUGCGUCCUCUACCUGAAGAAUUUACGUGACCACUGGCAAGAUUUCUGUAAUGCGUGCUGUCGUAUUGAAAACUCGGAGUCGGAGACACACCCACUUUUUUCUGAAGCGUCAUUAACAUCACCUUCUCAGUCAAAGGUUGCUGGAUUCAGGCCAAGCCUGGUUGAUUAUGAGAGCUCAGAGGAUUCUGAGAAUGAAGACAGAAGUGUGUCAAACCUCCAGAUGAGAAGGAAUGCUGAGGAACCAGUAGCAGAGAUCGACACGAGAAAAGCCGGAGAAAGGGCUGGGUCUAGAUCGGCAGAUACAGUGGAGAAAAUAAGCACUGUCUCUUCUGAGGGUCUGAGGGGAAACGUCAUGAUGUGCCUUAGUGAGUUAAGGACUGUUAUCAGCAGACUUCACAGCAGGGGGCUAUUCCCAUACAACCCUAGUUGUCUUGUUAAAUUGCUGCUGGCUAUUGAGACUAAAGGUCAAUUGGAAAACCCAACAGCACCACAACUUAAAUAAUUUAACUGUGUUAAUGAUGAACAUUAUCCUUAGAGAAGAUGAGCUUCCUCUAUCAACACCCUAGUAAGUAAUGCAAAUUGUAUUAUACAGUUUCUUAUUAAAAAAGAACAAACAGAAUUUUCUUGUUUGAUGUGAUGCAUUUUUUACUUAUGCACUUCAGAGCAAUAAAUAUUAAAACUGA